AUGUCAUACACUAUCGAGGUCAAGAACAAGUCUGGCCACGCAGGCAGGGUGUACAGCUUCUUGUCUGCCAAAGCCGUCAUCACCGGCGCAGGCAACAACGCGGACACCACCAAGUCCAUUACUUGGUUCCGGUCCCGUAGACUCGACAACCUAGGGGCCGCCACCUUCAAUUUUGACAACAGCUACUACGGGUUCAUGGGUUCCUCGGGCUCUGCUACCCUCGGAGCUGGCAGUAUUGUCAACGUACAGACCGAGAAGAAGGUCACCCUCGGAAAAAAAGAGGGCAUCCUUGCCCUCGAUGAGGACUGCACCUUUAGCGUCAUCUCCCCGGAUGACGAAAACCCAGUCCCUGGCAGGAACCAGUUCUCCAUCGCUGCGAGCGCCAGACUCCAGCCAUUCCAUGAUGUCAUUGGCGUGUCCCGUGGCAUAGACUUGGGGGACGGGAUCAACCCGGCGCCCAUCAACUGCGUUUCCCUCCAGGCGGGUCCGACGUACACCAUCACUAUCAACAAUGCCGUCUACGUCAAGACCGCCAAUCAUAACAAACAAUCUAUCCAAGCUUCUCUUGAUGACGAUAAGACUGCUGUCAAAGUUGAGUUUCCGUACGGCAUGAAGAAGGCAACCGUCGUCGAGGGUGCCGAUGGCAAGUUUGAAGCUCCGACCUACUCACCUGGUGGUGAUAAUUGA